CAUCGUGGGCUAGGUCUUCAUUACGGUCUUGAAUGUGGGGCAUGUGAUGACCCCUUAAGACCAGGUAACGUGCUUGUAAAGAGUGAAGGCACACGUGGAUCACACCCGCCUUUUACAGCCACUCCAGAGCCACUUGGGAGGGGAUGGGGUUGCAGGGUAUUCCAGGGGAAAGAGAUCUUAGAGGCUGCAGCAGAAAUAGUAAAUUUCCCCUGGGAUACACAAUGGUGUCCUUCGUUCUGGCACUUCCUGUGCCAACUACGGGUGGAGCUGUAAGCGGUGUUACCACCAAGUUAGGAGCAGACAGCCAGACAGCCAGGGCUUGAGAAGACUGGUGUACGGCAAAGCCAGGAUGCAGGUGGGGAGGAGUGGGGGUAUGCUUUUGCAGAUCACCUCUAGGAACACAGUAGGUGCUGCUUAUGGAAGAAAGUAUCCUGGGAUGCAGACUCAGGAAGGCAUGAGCCCCUGUGCGCAGUAGGUGCUGCCAUGAUUCACUUGUUGGGUCUGCAGUUAUCCUCUGAAGUAGGCAAUGGCAGUCCUCCCCCCUGAGUUAUUUGUUUUGUUUUUGAGUUAUUUUAUUUUUAUUUUUUUGGUUUUUCGAGACAGGGUUUCUCUGUAUUGCUUUGGAGGCUGUCCUGGAACUCACUCUGUAGAUCAGGCUGGCCUCGAACUCACAGAGAUCUGCCUGCCUCUGCCUCCCGAGUGCUGGGAUUAAAGGCAUGCGCCACCCCCUGAGUUAUUUGUGCUUCUAGAGAUUGACUUUAGGACACCUGAACUAUAUCCUGCCCACCACCCUUUUUCAAUUUUAAGACAUGGUCUCGCUAAAUUAAUCCAGGUCAACCUUAAACGCACAAUACUCUUGCCUCUGCCUGAAUAGCUGAAUUUAGUGGCGUUCACAACCAUGCCCAAAAGUAGAACGCAUUUUAUAGAUAUGGAAACCUGGAGCCCUCGACUAUGUGGAAGUGACAGGACAGCCCUCCGUGGAAGCAAGGCACCGUCAGGGUGCUCAGACUUGGACGCAGGGCCAUGUGUGCAAAUGGACACAACAGCAGUGCCCAUAUGUUCACUAUGGUCUCGUUUAACAGCCCGAUAGUGGCCUUGGGAGGGUACAACUCUGGGAAGAGACUGGGCGAGAGUGAGCCUUCCUUGCAGGACCAGAAUCACGCGGGUUGGACUAGAUACCCUCACUGAACACUGUAAGGGAGGGGGCUAUCAUGGGCGUAUCUGACUGGGUUCUGACCUUUCCCACAAAACUCCGGGGUCUGAGGUCACUGCCUUGCGGAGAUUCUAAAGCCAGAAUCAUAGUAAGGUAUGGCGAGCAGUGUUAGAAGCACCGUGGAGUAGAGUACUGCCACCUCCAUGGGAGCUGAGUAUUAGAAACACGCACACCUUUAACCCCAGCACUAGGGAGAGGCAGACAGAUCUGAGUUCGAGGCCAGCCUGGUCUACAGAGUGAGUUCCGGGACAACAGGGCUACACAGAGAAGCCCUGUCUUGAAAAACAAACGGAAGAAGUGCUCUGGGGCGAGUCUGGUAGCCAUUGAGCAGAACGCCAGACACCUUAGAGACCUGCCUAGCACAGCUUCCUUCUCAGCCACUCACCCUGGCCGGGAGCACAAAAAGCAGGCCGCUGUGUCCAGGUUUGUCACCAGGGGCGCCAGAGCAGAUGAUCUCGGUCUCGAGUUUUUGCCAAUUGAAGACUAGACUGCAGAAUGAACCGGGAGUUGGCUCCACCCCCAGCUAAAGGAGCCCCGCCUCUCCCUUAGUCGACCCCUGCGCAAAGCAUGCUGGUAGCCAUGGGCUGCGCGCACGCUCACCACGCUCAGGUUUAUUCCUUUGCGGUUUUCUCUUAACUUCUGUGCUUCCGGCAUCUGGGGCCCCCCGUGUGCGCGUUGGGAUCACUGUAUGACUGUUCCUGACCCUAUGUAUAUGGACUAAACCCUAGCCUUCCACGCGGAGCCAUCCGAUCCCACCACGAGCUGGUCAUGCAUGGGAAGCUGCUGCUGCUGGCCGGCCUCUAUUUUGUGCAGGGUCUGCCCUAUGGACUGCAGUCCAGCUUGCUGCCUAUUUUACUGCGGGCUCAUGGUCUCUCCCUGACGCGUGUGGGUCUGACCAAGGGAUUGUAUGCUCCAUGGCUGUUAAAACUGGCAUGGGCGCCACUGGUGGGCAGGCGGGGCUCCCCCCGCGUCUGGUUAACUCUCAGCACAGUGUCCCUGGGCGUGGUGUGUGGAAUGCUGGCUGUGCUGCCUCCCCUGCAAGCUGGUCAGACAGGACUGCCCACCAUCAUGAUGGGGCUGCUACUGCUGCUGAACCUGGGUGCAGCCGUGCAAGAUGUGGCUCUGGACACACUCGCUGUGCAACUCCUGGAGCCAAAGGAGCUGGGACCCGGAAACACCGUCCAGGUGGUGGCCUACAAGCUGGGGUCAGCACUGGCUGGGGGUGGGCUGUUGGUCCUCUUCCCCACCCUCUCUUGGCCUUUGCUUUUCCUGCUCCUAGCUGCCACCUACUGGCUGGCUGCUGCCUUAGCCUGGACUGCACCAGCCUUGGGACAGCUGCCUUGGCCUCAGGUCUCAGAGCAUACGCCCCACAAAUCCUAUCAUCUACAAGAUUUGCUGGCUGUGCCUGGAACCCUCUGGACAGCAGGCUUUGUGCUCACCUACAAGCUGGGUGAGCAGGGUGCUGGCAGCCUGUUCCCACUUCUCCUGCUGGACCAUGGCGCCUCCGCCUCAGACUUGGGAAUGUGGAGUGGCUUGGGCGCUGUGACAUGCUCCAUUGCUGGCUCCUCUUUGGGCGGGGCUCUACUGGCCAGGCACUGGCAACCUCUUUCCCUACUGAGGUCGGUGCUGCAGCUUCGCCUUGGGGGUUUGGCCUGCCAGACUGCUCUGCUCUUCUACCUCAGCACCCCAGGGGCCAGUCUGGCCCCGGGUACCAUCACGAGAGGGGCAGCUCUGGUGAGCCUGUGUCUCCAGCAGUUCCUUGGCGGUGUGGUCACCACGGCCACGUUCACUGUCAUGAUGCACUGUAGCCAGUUGGCGCCCAGAGCCCUGCAGGCCACGCACUACAGUCUCCUGGCCACUUUGGAACUGCUGGGCAAGCUGCUGCCAGGUGCCCUGGCUGGAGCGCUGGCCGAUGGCCUGGGCGCGCACCUCUGCUAUGCUGCCUUCCUCGCACUCUCAGGCCUGCCCAUUCUGGACCUCAGCCUGGCACCCAGUAACCUGACCUGAGCUGUCCGCAAACUCAGAAGCGCCCUGUGUGUCCUGGGUGUCUGGAGCACAGGACAUGUAGCUGUCUUCAAACUGAGGACUGUUACCAGAAAGGGCAUAAAAUGAUUGAAUGUU